AUGAUUCUGGUGUGUCUCUAUGUUGAUGACAUAUUGCUAACAGGAAGCUGUUUAGAUGAGAUAGCUAAGUUCAAGAAGUAUGAACUUGAGCUUCUGAACAUAUUUGAGCUAAUGAAUUGCAAGUAUGCGAUCACACCUGCUGAAAUAAAUCACAAGCUAAAUUCUGAUGUUAAAGGUGCUGAUGUAGAUGCUACAAAUUUUAAACAGUUGGUGAGCUCAUUAAGAUAUCUCUGCAAUACUAGACCUGACAUUUGCUAUGCAGUUGGAAUGAUGAGUAAGUUUAUGACCAAACCAAAGUGGUCACAUUACCAAGUUGUUGUUAAGAUACUAAGAUACAUUAAGGGGACUCGGAAGCAUGGAGUUUUGUUCUCUUCUGGUGUUGAAUCUGAUUCAGAGCUGACAUGCUAUUCAAACUCUGAUUGGUGUGAAGACAGAGUUGACAAAAGAAGUACUUCUUGA